AUGGAGAUGGAGAUGGCGACGGCGAUGGGUGCGACGGCGAUUGCUGACGUUAGUCUAUGGAGUUUCGGUUGGGAUUUUGCCCUAGAACUCAAUUAUCUUCGUUCCAACUUCGAUUCUACUACUUUAUCCUUCUAUUCUCUGUAUUUUGGGUAUGUUUGGGUCGCUGGACAGCAGCUUAUAGCCGCUGUCCUGCAUCAAGAGAGCUCGAAAAUUCAAAGUUGGAGAUCAAUUAUGGGAAGAGUAGUUUUAGCCAGGCAGGAAGAUGAUACUAUCAUGAAGAUCAUUAGUGCUGAUAAGGGUGUGAUAGUUUCUGUAUUACUAAUAGGUGCCACUUCCAAUGAACUAGAGGCUGAGAAUGCCAAGUUUUCAUCUCAACUUGCAAACUGUCGCUGUCAUGAGAAAGAGGACGAGCGUUCUGCUGUAAGUUGUGAUAGUUCACUGGAGACAAGCAGGAAAUCAAACUCUGGAAGUAAGAAGAUCACCAAGGAGAUAGUAAAAGGGAAAGUGCCAGGUUAUGACACAAGGAUCAUGAAUCACCACUGCAAGAGAUAUGUUGCUCUGAAAGUCAUGUAUUUUGGGCAGAGGUUUUAUGGUUUUGCUGCAGAGGCACAAAUGGAUCCAACUAUUGAGUCUGAAAAUUUUAAAGCUCUUGAAAAGACAAGGCUUUUAGUUGGUGACAAGAAGGAAUCACAUUACUCCAGAUGUGGUAGGACAGACAAGGGAGUAUCUGCUGUUGGGCAAGUGAUCGCUCUCUAUUUACGAUCAAACCUCAAGGAAACAUGUGAGAACAAUGAAGGUUCGAGAAAAAUGGUUUUCAAAGAGCAAUAUGAAGGCGAAAUCGAUUAUGUGAGGGUGUUGAAUCGAGCCCUUCCGGAUGAUAUUCGAGUUUUUGGCUGGUGUCCUGUUCCAUUGGGUUUCAAUGCGAGGUUUAGCUGUUUGGGCAGGGAGUAUUAUUAUUUAUUUUGGGGAGAAAAUCUGAAUCUCCUGGCUAUGGAGAGUGCUGGUAGGAAAUUUAUUGGCGAGCAUGACUUCAGAAACUUCUGUAAAAUGGAUGCACUAAAUGUACACAACUAUAGGCGGAAAGUCACUUCAUUUUCAAUCUCUCCUUGUGAUGUGAGGUGUGAUGAGAACCAGCUUUGGGCUAUCAAAAUUAAAGGUAGUGCUUUCCUCUGGCACCAAGUCCGAUGCAUGGUUGCUGUACUAUUCUUGAUCGGCCAAGGUCAUGAAUCUCCUGAUGUGAUAGAUGCGUUAUUGGACACUGACAGAAUCCCCAGAAAACCUCAAUACAGCAUGGCCCCGGAAAUCCCAUUGGUUCUUCAGUCUUGUGAAUUUGAGGGUCUCAACUUCACUUGUUCGUCAGAUUCUAUGCAAGCUUUGCGUGUACACUUGGCAAAUGAAUGUCAAAAUUAUCAUCUCAAAGCAGCAAUCUUCCACGAGGCUCUGCAGAGCUGUUUGCCAAUAGAAAAAGAUCAGAGAUCCUUGGAUAAUGGAACAGUCAAGAAAAAAUCUUCCCAUGUCCCUCUCAUGUCACGGCCAACUGAGCAGAUCGCUAGUCAGAUCCCAUAUGCCAGCAGACACCUUGUCUUCUGUUUUGUACUCUUUCAUCUAUACUAA